AACGUCUCCAAGUUAGUUGCCUUUGAGCUUGUAAUCCGGGUUAUAUCCAACAUAGUGCUUCUCGAUUUUUCUUUUUUGAAAGUAGCGCGGCUUGGUCAGAUCAUUUGAGCCGAUAUUUACCUGAAAGCGCUAUUUCGGACUAUAUUCAAACAAAAUCAUUUCUCACAUUGAGCCCGCCCCCGAAUUCAACGCGUGUCACCAUGGGUGAACCUGUCAGAGUUGACGAGGAGGCUCCUUUCCCACUUACAGACAUCGACAAGCGGGUUUUGUCACAGACAGAUGAGGAAUUCAAGUACCAUGAUUGGGACGAGCUUCGGGAGAUUAUAGAAACAAAUAAGCUCGAGGUACUCAAGCGGAAGCCAUCGGACCUACAGCGCUAUAUGAAAUGGACAGCCGAGACCAAGGCCAAGUAUGGCACCAUGACCAAAUACAUCAUGAUACAUCGGCUUCCUAAAACUUGGGGCGAUAUCCCCUUCACGCCGGCGUCAUCGGUUCCUUUUGCAGACCCCUCCGACUAUAGGGUUCUGUUGAAUGACUGGCCAUAUGGGUUGGCCCCUGGUAUCACGCACAUUGUGGUUUGGUCACGUACUGUGAUACCCACCGACCCGGAAACGGGCGACAUGACACCGGAGAGCAGAAAAACGGUGGCGAACUUUGUCAAGCGCUUCUUCGUGGACGAGCUCGGCCCUGGCGGUGAGGAUAGGGUGAUGUGGUUCAAAAAUUGGGCCGCACUUCAGAGUGUGAGAACACUCGAACAUAUCCAUAUCUUGGUCAAAGAAUGUGACGAGGCUAUAUUGCAAAAGUGGACGCGGGAGCUUGACUGCCACCAGUAG